ACAUUUCGGCUCUUAAACUGCGUUAAUAGCAGUUGUAUCAGAUUCAAAAUGGUGCCUGUAGUUAGCGUGUAACGAACAACUUGGGAGGGAUAAGUCGAUAUCCAAUGAAAGCGAGGACCAAGUGGAAGAAUACACAGGAAAUAACAACAACUCAUCUGCGUUCUGUUGGAAAUUGUUUGCAACUACUAACGUCCAUCAGGGGCUGCAGCUUAUCAAUCUAGAAACGAAAGAAAUAAGAGCUAGCUUUAGCCAUGUACCUGUACCUUUAAGUUACCAGUUAAAACAUUUCGUGGACUUGGACUGACAUCAUUAAGUAAGGUCGGGGAUUCUGAUCAACCACAGGAUGGCUCAGUGGGAGAAACUGAGGCAGCUGCCUGCUGUGUACACCCAGCAGUUACAUGACCUCUAUGACAGGGAUGCCUUGCCUAUGGAUGUUCGGCACUAUCUGGCAGCCUGGAUAGAGAAGCAGGACUGGCAACGAGCAGUGCAGGACCAUGACUGGGCUAUGGUGCUCUUCCAGGCCUUGCUGGAGAAUCUGGAUAUCCAACACAGCCGUUUUGUCCAGCAGGAGUCAUUCUUACUGCAGCACAACAUCAAACGCUAUAAACAUAACUUUCAGAGGUACUUGGAUGAACCACGUGCUUUGGCAAACACAAUCCUGUGGUUUUUGCAAAAAGAAAAGGAAAUCCUGCAGAGUGCUGAUCUGGCUGAGCAGGUCCAGUUUUUACAAGUAGAGCCGGAAGCCAUGGAGAUAAGCAGUCAACAGGACCUUGAGCGUAAACUGGCUGGCAUCAGGAAUGAAGUCCAGUGCAUGGAACAUGCAAUAUUGUGCUUGGAGGAGCAGCAAGAUGAGUUUGAUUUUAAAUACCAAACCUACAAGAUGGAAGCUGUGGCAGAUGAGGCCACGAAGGAGAAACAAAUGAAACACUGUCAGAUUCUUAUCAACAGACUGGAUGAAGGAAGAAAGAAAAUGCUGUCAGACAUAAAUAAGCUCCUGGACAAGACAGACAGUGUGAUCGACAUAUUAGUGAAGAAGGAGCUGAUAGAGUGGCAGAGGAGGCAGCAGAAAGCCUGCAUUGGUGCCCCAGACAAUGUCUGCCUGGAUCAGCUAGAGAACUGGUUCACCUGCGUGGCAGAGUGUCUGUUUCAGGUGCGAGAAUUCCUCAGUAAACUGGAGGAGCUGGUUGGGAAGGUGUCCUAUGCCAACGAUCCAGUGAAGGCCCAAAAACCUGCACUGCAGAAGAGAGCAGAUACUCUUUUAAAAGACUUACUCAAGAGUUCAUUUGUCGUUGAGACUCAACCAUCCAUGCCUCAGGGGAAAGGACCACUUGUGCUUCGGACAAAUGUCCAGUUCUCGGUCAAGACCAGACUUCUGGUUAAGUUUCCUGAGCUGAACCACUCCAUGAAAGUGAAUGUGUCCAUGGACAGGGAGGCGCCUCAGAUCAAAGGAUAUCGACGUUUUAAUGUUCUGGGGACCACAACCAAAGCUUUGAACAUGGCAGAAAGCCAAAGCGGAAGCAUGGUGGCAGACUUCAGACACCUCACUCUGAAGGAGCAGAAGUGUGGCAGUGGUGGCAAAGGAGCCAGUGAUAUCUCUCUCAGUGUGACAGAGGAGCUGCACAUCAUCUACUUCAACACUGUAUUUGAGCUGAAAGGCUUGUCAGUUGAGUUGCAGACUUCCUCCCUCCCGGUGGUCAUCAUCUCCAACUCCAGCCAGCAGCAGAGUGCUUGGGCAUCUGUCCUCUGGUUCAACUUGAUCAGUCAGGACACCAAAGAUGUCAUGUUCUUUGCCACCUGUCCUGCAGCCACUUGGCCACAGUUUGGAGAGAUGUUGAGCUGGCAGUUUCUCGCUGCCACUAAACGGGGUCUGAAUAAUGCUCAGCUGGAGAUGAUUGCUCACAAAGUCUUUGGAAAGAGGCAGAACUAUGAUGACUGCAAAGUGGCUUGGUCAAAAUUUAGCAAGGAAAAUCUUCCUGACACUUUCUGGGUGUGGUUUGAUGCAAUCUUGGUGAUGGUGAAAACAUACCUUGAAGAUCUGUGGAGGGAUGGCCACAUCAUGGGUUUUGUAAGCAAAGGCAAAGAGAAGACCCUCCUAAAGAAAAAACAGAGAGGCACAUUCUUGUUACGCUUCAGUGAAAGUGUCACUGGAGGAAUCACCUUCUCCUGGGUGGAAACCAGCAUAACUGGUGAGCCUGAUAUAAAGACAGUCCAGCCCUUCACCAAAGUUGACCUCUGUCAGAUCCCCUUCCAAGAAAUCAUCAGAAAUUUCCAGAUCUUGGAAGCUGGAAAUAUCCCAGAAAAUCCUCUGCUUUACCUGUAUCCCAACAUCCCAAAAGAUGAGGCUUUUGGAAAGUACUACUCUGAAAAGAGUGGAGAGGGCAGUCCUUACAUAAAGUACAUCAAGACGAAACUGAUGUUUGUUUCAAAGGAGAACACACUGGAGGCUAGGUCACCCAUGUACUCUGACAUGGCACAGGGUGAAGGCCUGGAGCCAGUGAAUGGCCUGUGUGGAGAGGCAGCUGAACAAAAUGGAGAUCUUCAUCCUCUGAACUCACCUCUGGAAAUCUACCCUGAUCCCAUGCUGUCUAGCUCUGUUGAUGCCCCAGAGGAGGAUUUACAGAUGUACCUGAACAACCCCAACCUCUUUACUGACUGUUUGCAAGAUGAGCCGACGCUGUCUGAUUUCAGUCUUCACAGUUUUAAUUGUCUGCCCCCACAAUCCUGCGGAAGCAUUUUCCAGUAAUCCACUGCUGGGUGUCUUUAAUCAAACCACUGCGUCAUUUGUCAUGAUCUUUUCUCUUCUGCUACUUACAUUACAUCCAUGUCACAAAACUAGUCUACAUAGCAAACUUAAUGUUAAAAUAAUAGUUUGCUUUCAAUGCUGUUUUUAUUUGAAGUAAUUGGCAGUCCCUCUGCUAAUCCUGACAGUCAGCACUUAAGAAUUAAGAAUAGCUUUUAACAAUCAGCAUUUGAAUGCUUGUGUGCACUUUUAAACGAAUGAGAUAUAAACCUAAGAAUUAAUUUUUCUCAUGUUGUGUUAUCACCAUUGGACGCAUAUCCACUCCAUUGGAAUCCUGGGCACCUCUACUAGACCCCAUAAUUAUCAUGCAUCAUUAACUCUUCUGUAUGAAAAAAAUGGGACCCUGUUAAACUAUUUAAGCUGUAAGAAGACGUUUUAUACGAGGUAUUAAUGUUUUCUUGAGACUGCACAUAACUUAUUGUUUCAGUGUCUGCCAAUCUCUUUCUUGUUAUUAUAAUGCUGCCACUCAGACCUUGUGAUUAAUUAAUGAAACGUGUUUUUUUUUUAUUUUUAUAUUAACCUGCUUGUUUAAAUCAAAGUGAAAUAUUAUCACCAAUAAAAGGGAUAUGACUGUA